GUCGCCAACCAUGGAGGACAAGAGCGACAUUUCAACCGGCUCAGAGAAACACGAAGUCCACAAGCUCGCCAUUAGUCUUAAGGAUGUUGACGUCGCCGUAGAGGUUGCGGACUCGGGCAUCACGAAGGGGUUGACCCCAGAGGCUGCAACGCGUCUCAGGUGAGUAAACACCAUAGCAGACAGGGCUGGUGUUCAUGCCUUCCCUUCAAAGACGCAAAAUCGACUGGCAUAUCAUGCCUCUUAUGUGCAUCCUCUACUUAAUGGCAUUUGCUGACAAGGCUACGCUGGGACAGUCUGCUGUUCUAGGCAUCAUACCGGAUGCGCACUUGACUCAGAGCCAAUUCAAUUGGCUCGGCACGGUCUUCUAUUUCAGUUAUCUUCUCUUCGAGUAUCCCCAGAAUCUCGCUCUCCAACGGUUCCCCGUUGGGAAAUGGAUGAGUAUCAACAUCUUCGUUUGGGCCAUUGCCCUGAUGGCACACGCCGCGUGCAAGUCCUUCGCGACUCUUUUUGUGGUUCGUUUCAUCCUCGGGGCCUGCGAAGGCGCAAUAACUCCAGGUUUCAUGAUCGUCACCUCCAUGUUCUACACGCGCGAAGAACAAACUCGCCGCGUGGGCUAUUGGUUUUUGAUGAACGGCACCGCGAUCAUUGUAUUGGGUCUUGUAGGGUUUGGGGUACUUCACAUCAAGACCCCGAGUUUUGCCCCCUGGCAAUGGCUCAUGAUGAUCACUGGGCUCGUCACUCUCGUUACUUCCGUACUCUUUUGGUUUUUCUUCCCGGACUCGCCCACAAGCGCAUGGUUCCUUACCCAGGAAGAGCGCUCCCUCGCUGUGCAAAGAAUCUCGGCCAACCAGUCCGGUAUUGAGAACAAAAAAUGGAAGAAGGACCAGUUCUUGGAAGCAUUCCGUGAUCCCAAGAUCUGGGUGAUGGCUUUGUUCGCCGCCAUCGUUCAAGUCCCGAACUCUUUGGCAAAUCAACGACAAAUUAUCGUACACCAAUUUGGCUUCUCGACACUCAAGACCACACUUCUCGGUUGCGUCGACGGUCUAGUUGAAAUCAUCUACAUUUGGGCUGGCGUGGCGAUAGCUUCUAUCCCCGCCGUUGGCAGAGGGCAUGCAGCAGCCCUCAUUUCCAUUCCUGCACUUGUUGGAUCCCUAUUGGUAAACGCUCUCCCAUCCGAAAACCAAGUGGGGCUGCUAUUUUCGUACUGGGUUUCCAUUUUCUUUAUUGUACCAUUCCCUCUCUUCCUUGGUUGGGUAGGCUCGAUCGUAUCGGGGCACACCAAGAAAACUACAGCAAACGCUAUCAUCCUCAUUGCGUAUGCUAUUGGAAAUGCUGCGGGUCCUUUCAUGUGGAGGAAGCACUACCAGCCACGGAACCACGUUCCGUGGGCGAUCAUCUCCGCUUGCAUCGUUUCAGGCGCCUUUCUCAUGGUGGUUCUCCGCACUAUGCUCGUUCGAGAGAAUAGGCGACGCGACAAGGAGCCUCGCGAUGAAACAUACGAUGACGUAUGUGUGGUGAAGGAGACGGAGGAUGGAAAGAAGAUCGAGCAGAAGAUUGACAAGGCUUUCUUGGACUUGACCGAUAUUCAAAACCGAGAUUUCCGGUACAUCCUGUAG